UUUGACUUUUGAAUCUUCCGAUUUGCUUACACGUCUAAUAUUAUUUGGUUGUAAAUUUCAAUUUUAUGUUUUUACCAUAAGUAUUUUUAUAUUACAUACUGUUAAAAUUAUUCCUAUCAUAAAGAAAUAUAUAUACAACAAGACGUACAUGGAGUAAUAAAUUAUCUUUUAUCUCUUGAAAAAUUUAAUGUUUCCUUAGUCUAGGCUAAUCUCCUAAAAUGGGUGGUUUAUUUAGUUAUUUUAGAGGACUAUUAGGGGCCCGUGAAAUGCGGAUAUUGAUCCUCGGUCUAGACGGUGCCGGAAAGACGACAAUAUUGUACAAAUUACAAGUUGGCGAAGUUGUUACUACAAUUCCGACAAUCGGCUUUAAUGUAGAGCAAGUAACAUAUAAAAAUCUUAAGUUUCAAGUUUGGGAUCUUGGCGGACAAACAAGUAUCAGGCCCUAUUGGCGGUGUUACUAUGGUAACACAGAUGCAAUAAUAUAUGUUGUAGAUUCAGCAGAUAGAGAUCGAAUAGGAAUUUCGAAAGAUGAACUUGUGCAUAUGUUAAGAGAAGAUGAGUUAUCAAAUGCAAUACUGGUAGUAUUAGCGAACAAGCAGGAUAUGGCAGGCUGCCUCACUGUGGCUGAGGUGCAUCAAGCGUUGGGGUUGGAUGCUCUACGUGAUAGAACCUUCCAGAUAUUCAAGACAUCCGCCGUGAGAGGAGAAGGAUUGGAUCAAGCGAUGGACUGGCUUUCUAAUGCACUACAAGCGAGGAAAUAACACCAGCAUUUAUUUGAAGAGUCCUGGCUUGGCAGUAUCGGAACAAGAAGUGAUGUAGUCAUAUUUACAGCCAAUAGGUUAAGUACUUAGCAUCGCCGCCACCUUCCUCUUUUUCCUUGGAUAACCCGCUUUUAUUAGAGUUUUGUAUAGUCAGGUUACAAGAUAGAUUGGAGCAAUUGUGAGGAUCACAGGUGUCGGCCGAGGCACAGUUUUAUAUUAAUAUUUUCUUUGCUAAACUGAUAGGAUAUAUUAUUUAUUUAUUAUAGUUCGGCAUAUUUAUAAAAUUUCAUUGUGACAUUUAUUUUAAUUGUAAAAGGCACAAUUUUGUAUUUUAGAAUUAGGGGCAUGGCAGUGUGCGCUUUUUAGAAUAAAAGGCAAAAUUUUAUCGAUUCUUAUAAAAUAAUCUAUUUUUAUGGCUUAUCCUUGUAUCUUGAUUUUCUAUCAUGUUAAAGAUAGAAAUUCCACAUUUUAAUAUCAUUAUGAUUGAAUAAUGGCGGCGAUGCCUCAGUAGGUUAAUGAAUUGUGGACACAAGGACUAAUUAACAGAUCAGAUUUUUGUAUAACUUUAGUAUAUGAACGUAGUUAUUCUCUUAAGGAUUGAGAAUAAAAGUUACGAAAAUGAGGUAUAAAAAGUGUUUAAGAAGGUAAAAUUGGUGUCUACCUUCCGAUCAAGGAGGCGUUUUACCCCCAAACACUUGAAUAAACCUGAGUUAUCUCGCUCUCGAAGGAGCAAUGCCUUUGCCUUCUGUUACAACAUCUAUUUGUUGUCAGUCCUUGUUUCCUGAGAAUGUGUGCGACGGCGGAUGUAAUAAUUAUCUAUAAAUAUAAGUUAUUAUACAUUCUGUAUUUGUGACAGUGGACAACUAAGUUAUUCUAUCUGGGAAGAGGCGAUUGUUCCAAAUACAUUAUUCAAUAUUA